GCGGGGCUUCUUACUGCGCAUCUGUGGAGUACUAAAAGUAUAGUACCCUGGCGGGCCUUGGCGCUUUAAGUGUUAAUGUUUUUGGUGCUGCUUUUGUGGAAUUUGCUUGCCCCAGUUCUGAAUACUAGUACCAGCCUUUGUGUUUUUAUAGACUUAGCGUGAUGGAUGUUGACUUGCAGAAUAUCGUUCCCGGGUGUACUGAAGUGGAUGAAGCUGACCUGGCUACUGACUGGCAUCUGUUGUUGGCCUAUAUGAAGAAGCGGCACACUGAAAAGAUAGAAGGAUCUAAGUCACUGGCCCAGAGCUGGAGAAUGAAGGACAGGAUGAAGACUGUGAGUGUUGCCUUGGUACUGUGCCUAAAUGUUGGUGUGGAUCCACCUGAUGUAGUGAAAACUACUCCUUGUGCGCGGUUGGAGUGCUGGAUAGAUCCUCUUUCUAUGAGUCCACAGAAAGCUCUGGAGACGAUUGGGGCAAACGUACAGAAGCAGUAUGAAAACUGGCAACCAAGGGCACGCUACAAGCAGAGUCUGGACCCUACUGUUGAUGAGGUGAAGAAACUUUGUACAUCCUUGCGCAGAAAUGCAAAGGAAGAGCGAGUCCUUUUCCACUAUAACGGUCAUGGGGUUCCAAGGCCAACAGUGAAUGGAGAAAUUUGGGUUUUCAACAAGAAUUAUACACAGUACAUUCCUCUCUCCAUUUAUGACCUGCAGACGUGGAUGGGGAGUCCCUCCAUUUUCGUAUAUGACUGCUCCAAUGCUGGCAUUAUUGUUAAGUCAUUUAAACAGUUUGCACUACAGAGGGAACAGGAGCUGGAGGUUGCUGCUAUUAACCCUAAUCACCCCUUGGCUCAAAUGCCUUUACCACCAUCUAUGAAGAACUGUAUCCAACUAGCAGCAUGUGAAGCUAAUGAGCUUUUACCUAUGAACCCUGACCUUCCUGCUGACCUUUUCACAUCUUGUCUCACUACACCAAUUAAAAUAGCUUUAAGAUGGUUUUGCAUGCAGAAGAGUGCCACACUAGUACCUGGUGUCACACUGGACUUAAUUGAAAAAAUUCCAGGGAGGUUAAAUGACAGAAGAACACCCCUUGGUGAACUGAACUGGAUCUUUACAGCAAUCACAGACACCAUUGCAUGGAAUGUACUACCGAGAGAUCUAUUUCAAAAGCUCUUCAGACAAGAUCUACUUGUUGCUAGUUUGUUCCGAAAUUUUCUCUUAGCUGAACGAAUCAUGAGGUCAUACAACUGCACUCCUGUCAGCAGCCCACGAUUGCCUCCUACAUACAUGCAUGCAAUGUGGCAAGCUUGGGACCUGGCAGUAGAUAUUUGCCUUUCACAGCUUCCAACCAUCAUCGAAGAAGGUACCGCUUUCAGGCAUAGCCCUUUCUUUGCGGAACAACUGACUGCUUUUCAGGUGUGGUUAACCAUGGGAGUUGAGAAUCGGAACCCCCCUGAGCAACUCCCAAUUGUUCUUCAAGUGCUGCUAAGCCAGGUACAUAGAUUGCGUGCACUUGACCUUCUGGGAAGGUUCCUGGACUUAGGACCCUGGGCAGUUAGUCUGGCACUUUCUGUUGGCAUUUUUCCUUAUGUGCUGAAGCUACUGCAGAGCUCUGCACGAGAGCUUAGGCCCCUUCUUGUUUUUAUUUGGGCUAAAAUCUUAGCUGUGGACAGUUCUUGUCAGGCAGACCUAGUGAAGGACAAUGGACACAAGUAUUUUCUUUCUGUCCUUGCUGAUCCAUAUAUGCCAGCUGAACACAGAACCAUGACGGCUUUUAUUUUGGCUGUGAUUGUUAACAGCUAUAACAUUGGGCAGGAAGCUUGCCUGCAGGGAAAUUUAAUUGCCAUCUGCCUGGAACAACUUAAUGACCCCCACCCAUUGCUGCGCCAGUGGGUGGCAAUAUGCUUAGGUCGCAUCUGGCAGAACUUCGAUGCAGCCCGAUGGUGUGGUGUAAGGGACAGUGCCCACGAGAAACUGUAUAGCCUGCUUACAGAUGCUGUCCCAGAGGUUCGUUGUUCAGCUGUCUUUGCACUGGGCACCUUUGUAGGAAAUUCUGCUGAGCGGACAGAUCACUCCACGACAAUUGAUCACAAUGUCGCUAUGAUGUUGGCUCAGCUUAUUAAUGAUGGGAGUCCCAUUGUGAGAAAGGAGCUGGUUGUUGCACUUAGCCAUCUUGUGGUCCAAUAUGAAAGCAAUUUUUGCACUGUUGCUCUGCAGUUCAUGGAGGAAGAGAAGAAUUACCCCCUGCCAUCUCCUGCCAGUAUCACGGAAGCUGGAUGUUUAACCCCUGUCAGAGAUGCUCCAUCAACACCAAGGCUCCGCUCAGUGAGCUCAUAUGGCAACAUUCGUGCUGCUACAACAGCCAGAAACUUGAACAAGUCACUACAGAAUCUCAGCUUGAGCGAAGAGACUGGGGGUUCCAUCACCUUCUCACCUGGGAACUUGAGCACAAGCAGCAGUGCGAGCAGCACCUUGGGGAGUCCGGAUAACGAUGAGUACAUCCUGUCCUUUGAGACUAUCGACAAGAUGCGACGAGUCAGCUCCUACUCCUCGCUGAAUUCUCUGAUUGGUGUCUCAUUCAACAGUGUUUACACCCAGAUUUGGAGAGUCCUUUUACAUCUGGCUGCAGACCCCUUCCCUGAAGUUUCUGACCUGGCAAUGAAAGUGCUGAACAACAUUGCAUACAAGGCUACAGUGAAUGCCCGGCCUCAGCGAAUUUUGGACACAUCAUCACUUACGCAAUCUGCUCCAGCAAGCCCUACUAAUAAGGGAACCCACAUUCACCAGGUUGGGGGCUCUCCUCCUACGCCCAGUGCUAGCAGUUCCAGCCUCACAAAUGGCGUGACAAAGCCAAGCGUCAGGGAGACCUCAUCCAACAGGCCUGCUAAUGUUGGCAACAUUGCUAUACAGUAUACUCCCCACUCCCACCAGUUUUCAAGAACAAGAAAAAUGUUUGAUAGAGGUCCAGACCAGACUGCUGAUGAUGGAGAUGAUGGUGUUACUCACAGAAACUUCAUUUCUGCCACUCUACAGACAGGGUUCUGCGACUGGAGCGCUAAGUACUUUGCACAGCCAGUGAUGAAGAUGCCAGAAGAACAUGAUUCAGAGAGCCAAGUCCGAAAGGAGAGGGAAUGGAGGUUUCUUCGGAAUGCUCUUGUCCGGAAACUCUCACACCGCAUUGUACAAAAGGGUGUUACAAGGUUGGAUGAUCAAAUUCUCAUUAAUAGGAAUCCAGGUGUCCCAUCUGUAGUGAGGUUUCAUCCAUAUUCUCCAUACAUUGCUGUAGCAGAUAAGGAUAGCAUAUGUUUCUGGGAUUGGGAAAAGGCAGAAAAGCUAGACUACUUCCACAAUGGGAACCCACGCUAUACUCGUAUCACAGCCAUGGAGUACUUAAAUGGUCAUGACUGCUCACUUUUGCUGUCAGCUACAGAUGAUGGUGCAAUCCGGGUGUGGAAAAAUUUUGCAGAUUUAGAAAAAAAUCCUGAAAUGGUGACUGCAUGGCAGGGACUUUCAGACAUGUUGCCAACAACAAGAGGAGCUGGAAUGGUCGUGGACUGGGAACAGGAGACAGGACUCUUAAUGACAUCUGGUGAUGUCCGGAUUAUCCGCAUCUGGGAUACGGAUAGGGAGAUGAAAGUACAGGAUAUCCCAACAGGAGCAGAUAGCUGUGUAACCAGUCUUUCCUGCGACUCCCAGCGAUCACUAAUAGCAGCAGGUCUGGGAGAUGGAUCUGUUCGGGUCUAUGACAGAAGAAUGGCUCCCAGUGAAUGUCGUGUGAUGACUUAUCGAGAACACAAUGCCUGGGUGGUGAAGGCGUAUUUGCAGAAAGGCCAAGAUGGCAAUAUUGUGAGCGUUAGUGUUAAUGGAGAUGUCUGCUUCUUUGACCCUCGGAUGCCAGAAUCUGUCAAGACACUUCAGCUUGUGAAAGGACUGACGGCGCUUGAUAUUCAUCCUCGGGCUAGCCUUUUUGCUUGUGGUUCAAUGAACCAGUUCAUAGCUGUUUACAACUCCAAUGGUGACCUCAUCAGUAACAUCAAAUACUAUGAUGGUUUUAUGGGACAGAGGAUAGGAGCCAUUAGCUGUCUAGCAUUCCAUCCUUACUUGCCUCAUCUAGCUGUUGGAAGUAACGAUUAUUAUAUGUCAAUCUACUCUGCUGAGAAGAGAGUCAGAUAACAAGAGCUCCAUUGUUUAUCAAAGCACAACGGCUAGGGGAAAAAAAAGACUGAAGAAUUGUUCACUCGCUGCUGUACAUUACUGUACAUAAACUGACUUAUCGACCUGAAUGUCUAAUGUCACCUACUGCAACUUAUAACUUGAAUUAUUUUCUUGGUUUGUUUUAGCUACUGAUGGUGUGAAAAAACAUAAAUACACACAUUUAGUCAGUUUCUUCUACAAAACUAUAUGGAUUACAAUGGACUAUAUAUUUUAAUUUUUUUUUUUUUAUAAUAGCCAGAACUUGGUUUCCAAGAUCCGUGACACAUCCUGGAUAUUUAUUUAUUGAAAUUAAUUUUCAUUUUUAGAUUGAAGCAGAAUAAUGGCAAAGAGUCCAAGUACUCCCCUGAAGUUAUAGCAUUAUUAGUAGUGUGAUGAUGACUUCCAGAAAUGGGAAAACGGACUUCAAGGAGACUUUCUAAAAUGCGAUGUGGUACUGGAGCAGCCCUGCUGUUAGUUUGGUGAAUUCAUGAGUCCUGUCCUAUAGUUGAAGAAGUGGAGUUUUGAAACAAAAUCUGAGCUGUGCUCUUUAUUAUAAUCAUCCACUGAAAUUCUGUACCAAAUGACAUUUUGUAGAUGAUGAUGGCAGAACUGGAAAAUACAUGAAUAUUAGCAGUGUAGUAUAACCAAGUUUAUUAAUCUACAGAGGAUUACUGAUAUCUUCAAAAAUGCUUUCAUGAAUCAUUGUUUAGAUGUAUUACUUGCUGGUUUUCUUCAAUAAUCCUUAAUAUUGAACAUCUGAAGUCAACAGUCCUCUGGAAGAAAGCAGAUGAACAUCUUUGGAAGCGCAAGGAGUUGUAUCAGUUUUGUCUUCAAAUUUGGAAGAGCCUUAUUCCUUCCUUUGUUUACCACCUUUUACUUUUUCUUUUAAAGGAAACCUAAGCCUUAAAAUAUUUUUGGCAUGGUUGUAUAGUUUGCCAUGCAUGAAUUGUACUAAUGUUUCGUUUGUUUUGUAUCAUUUCAUGUACUUUCCCCUUGUUUAUGUCUGACACAUUUCCUGCUGCCUUUCAGUUUAGAAGCUUGUCGAUGUCAGUUGUGACUACACCAAGCAAGCAGUGCAGCACUGUUAUCUCCUUCGUGUAAUGCCACUGCUUUGUGACUUUCUUACAAAAUUAACAAAAAUUUGAAUGUGUAUGUAUUUGGAGGUCUGAGGCAAGUUUUGCAUCUUUACAUUCUUGUGACCAUGGUUUUGGAGAAGAUUCAGACAUCAGGUUAGAUAACCAGGGUGCUAGGAGGGUGUUUCUGUCUGGGUAGGUUAGGCACUGCCAUAUUACCAAUGCAGCAAGAACUGCAGUAAAUCAUCAGCGGUUGUAUCAACUGUUGUCUGUGACGCAAUGUUUGUAUGCUAGCUCACUGAUAAUGACUAAUACCACAUCGCUAGGGAGUGAGGUAUUAUGUUUCUACAAUGACAGCUUUAAAUCAGAAAACUUUUUUUUUUGCUUGAAAAAUUUAAACAGAAUUGCCACUUCUAUCUCAGUUCCUGUGACAUAGAUACUUUUUGUGAUUUUUAAAACUGGGGUUGGCACCUCUGGAGGUUAGGAAGUUGAUAAGAGAUGAAUUGAAUAUUGAAUUGUCAGGUAGGAGAUGGCAGUAUUAACCACAGUCAUAAGUUAGAAAACAUAUAGAGUAUUUUAAAGAAAAUGUAUAUGUUUAUAUACAGAUAAUUAUUAAAUGCUGCAGUUCGCCACAUUUUAAAAGAUUUUUUUAUUUCCCUUUAAAUAAAUAAAUUGACAUACUGAAUGAGAAAAAAAUAGAUCAUUUUGGUUACACAAGUCUUGUUAAAUUAAAUAAUUUUUGUAUUGAUUAUGCUGCAUAAUGUUUCCUGGUUAGAGGCACUUUCUUUUUCCUAGGUGUACAAGGAUGACAGUUUCCUUCUCUUUGCCAGCAGUGUCACUAACCUGUGCCGUUAAGUAACCCUUUGUGGAUUGCGUCCCAGGGCUAUUUGAUUCUGUGUCAUAACUCAAGAGAUUAAAUAUUGACUGUCCUCUUAA